AUGGCUUUGGCACUGGCAAUAUCUAAGGCCCUGCCGGCUGCCAUCGAAAUCUCGAAGGCGUCUUUGUCGCCUCCAAGGACGGAUCCGCCUUUCGAAAACAAUCCCUACCAUAACAUGGCUCACCAGGCGGACUCUCCCUUCUUCGCGCUGCCCGGCGAGAUCCGCAACCAAAUCUACGCGUACCUGGCCUACACCUCUAAGACAGUCAUCGUUCUCUCACCCCACCAGAUUGUCACCGUGCCAGCACCCAUUAGCCUUGUCUGCCACCGUACCCAGCUGGAGUUCAAUUCAAUCUUCACCACACUCUCCCUAGCGUAUGCCACACAGAUAAUCAUCUGCAACGAAAACUUCAACAUAUGGUCUUUGAUCCACAGCCUGCAACACAUUCCUGUUCCAGCUCCAGACCUGGAGCGCAAGAUUACUUUCAGGAUCCGAAUGACCAAUGCGAUGCAACUACCGAAUCUGGAAGCUUUUGUGAAGGAGAUGCAGGAGCCGGCUGUGCCUCCCAAGUUGGCGGCACGGAUCGAAUAUCAGUGUAGCUUUGAAGCCGCGGACUUCAAUCUGCGGGCCUGGCGGAUCAACUUCGCGAGGUUGGCGAAGCAAUAUCGUUUUCACCGGAGCGAGAGCGAGCAGAGAACAUGGGAGAAGGUUUAUUGGGCGUUUAGUGAGAGCGCGGAGAAGAUUGAUGGGGUGAGUAGUAAGGACUUUCAGGUUGGGUGCUGGGCGACGCAGGACGGCGGCUUUUGCUUCGUGUAG